AUGGAUUCUGGCUCCGAAAAUCGAGGUCUCGACCUUGAGAAGGAGUUGACUUGUUCUAUUUGCACAGAGGUUUUAUAUCAACCAUUAACGCUACUGGAUUGUUUACAUACGUUCUGCGGUUCUUGUCUCAAAGAAUGGUUUUCAUGGCAACUUGUUUCCCUCCGCAAUGCCCAAAUACCUAUCCCACCCGGUGGUACACCAUACACAUGCCCGUCAUGUCGCGCAUCCGUUCGAGAUACGAAACAUAGUUCUACAAUAGUGACACUGCUAGAUAUGUUCUUGGCGCGGAGUCCAGAUAAGGGUAGGACGGCUGAGGAGAAGGAGGAAGUUGCUGCCAAAUAUAAGGUUGGAGAUGAAGUGUUACCGAAAUGGGAGAAGAGGGAGAAGAGCUCAAGAGAGAGAAGGUUGGAGGAUGAGGACCAAAGAUUGAUUGAGGAAGUAAGAGAUUUGAGCUUGAGGGAAGUGGGGGUGGAAAGUUCAGAAGCAAGGAGGGAAAGAAGGCGACGGGAGCGGGAUGGCGAUAGGUCACAUAGUUCGAGACAUCAUUCGAGUCGUAAUAAUAGUAGGGAUAAUAGAAGUACGGACGAUGCGGAUCGACGAAGGCGAAGAGAGGAGCAUCACGAAAGGAGAAGAGCCCGACAAGGAACAUCUGCGUUAAGACCGGAACCGGAACCGGAUCAUAGCGACUCUGAAGGCGGCCGACGAAGGGAAUACAGUGAGGCUGAAGCAAUAAGGAGACAUGAGGAAACAAGUCGGUCAGCGGCACGACAGAUUGAACAUCAAUCAUCUUUGCGGUCACUCAUUAGUUCUUCCGAUAUCGAUUCAAGGGAGAUGGAAGAAGAGAUUCUACGACAGAUUAGGGAGGAAGGAUUAUUGGAUGGAAUUGACCUUGAGAAUAUUGAUGUUAACCAGGAGGACCAGAUUAGUGAAAGAAUAGCGGAAGCUUUCAGGAGGCGGCAAGGAGAAAGAUCGAGAUUUCAAUCGACUAGAAGGAGUGAAGGUGAGGCAGCGGGUAGACGCAGACCGGCUCACCGAGUAUCACCCACAGAUUCUGGAAGAGAUACGUCCGGUGAUGAUGCACCCAGAGCUACAAGACGACACAGAAACCAAUCUUCCUCACCAAGGUCAGCUAGUCUGAACAAUGAACAAAGCAGACCCCCGCCAUCUAUAAGUGCAGUACAUGCAAAUCACCUAGAGGUCGGUCCAAGUGCUGGAGGACGAAGAAGACAGAGAACUCUAAGCGCGCCACGAAGUUCAACAGCGCCUAUUCCUACACUUACAUCUGAAACAAGAUCAACCGCUUGGUCCCAGACCGAUUUGAGCACCCUACCUAGGACCUCUUCCAUGCAAACAUCUCAGCCUUUGAGAGCCCAUGCCAGGAGGAGCACUGACUCAAAUGUGCAGCGUUUCAGUGAACCAUCAACAAUUCGAGAACAGCAACCACAAACAGGCUCUACCGCAAGGUCAUCCAACAAUACACCCAUCGCAUCUGUCCCAAAUUCAACACCAAGAACAUCGAGCAAUAGCUUACCAGAAAGAUCUCAUUCGGACGAUAUGCCUUCCAUGCCAGCUCCACUGAGUACUCGUGUUCAAGCCCCAGCAGAUAUUUUCGUAGCCUCUGCUGUUCCUGCGUCAGUUCCAUACAUGGAUGAGUCACUCGUACCCGCACCUCUCUCGCCGCAUACUCCCACUCACCUAUCAAUUCUUGACAAAGCCGCUGCUUUAUCAAGUGGCAGCAGACCUAGUUCUUCUCAUUCUGUAGGGUCUAGGCCACGAACACAGCUUUACCCUGAACCAUCAAUAGCUUGUAGAAGAUGUCAGAAAACUCACAUCGAAUAUGAACUGCAUUAUAACUGUUCAAGUUGCUUGCGUGGUAAUUAUAACAUCUGUUUCUCAUGCUAUCGCUCCGGCGCAGGAUGUCUACACUGGUUCGGGUUUGGCUACUCGGCGUGGACAAACUGGGAAAACCAAAUGCAAGCCGGGAAGUUACCGCAGGGCAUAGAUAGACCACACAUGCUCACAGCAAAUCGCUACCUAGCACCGAAGACGUCAGCAGGUGGAGCGGACGGUCGUAAAACCCUCACGACAGAAGACCCUCAGAAACGUCUUCAAAGUGGUGCAUUCUGUGUCAGUUGCCUAGCUUGGACGAAUGAAUGUUACUGGCGUUGCGAUAUUUGCAAUCAUGGUGAUUGGGGAUUUUGCAACCUAUGUGUCAAUCAAGGCAGAUCGUGUACACAUUCUCUUCUCCCUUUGACUUACAGACCAUCGGAGUCAUACACACCUCCCUUAUCUCAUACACAUGAACAGCAGCUUCCACAGUCGGCGACUAUUCUUAAGGGGCCUGGCGUCAUCGAGAUGGGUAAUUUUAAACCUCUCACAUUUUCUACUAACUGCGACACCUGUCGCUAUCCUAUUCAACCCUCUUCCACGCGCUAUCAUUGCUACUCUUGCAUCAGUGCCGUCCCCGACACUCAACCCGGUGACUACGAUAUUUGUACAACCUGCUACCCCAAACUCGUCGCAUCUCGCCGAAUCAGCGUCGAGAAUGGCCACAAUGGCUGGCGACGUUGUUUGCAGGGUCACCGUAUGGUAAUCGUGGGAUUUGAAGAUGACCGCGGUGGUCAACGUAGAGUGAUAGUCCAAGACCUUGUCGGUGGUCAUAGUCUCGAUACCGAGCCCAUGCUUUACCCAUCAGCUGAUCUUACAGUGCCCGAAUUACAGAAAUGGAGCUGGGGACAAGACAAUGAUACUUUUGUUAGACUCGUAACAACGGAUCCAUCGAAAACUGCGCCGACAUCUGUCCCGGGAAUAACGAUUGAAAGGUCAUUUCCACCUGAUGGAGGAAUCGGAAUGUCGAGUUUAGCAGUUUGGAGUUGGUGGCCUGCGGAGGGGGCGAGUGAUGAAUUAAUGUUUCCGAAGGGAGCGGAGGUGAGGGAGUGCAAGGAUGUUAAUGGGGAUUGGUUUUGGGGAUGUUAUAUGGGUGGAAAGGGAUUGUUUCCUGCGCCUUAUGUGAGAAUUUUGGAGGAUGGAGGGGGAGAUGCUGGGAAUUAA